CGAGGUCAGAGACUAGAGUCUGAGACAUCGUGCAUAUCAUGUUGAAGAUGAGCGGGUGGCAGCGACAGAGCCAAAACCAGAGCCGGAAUCUGAGGCGAGAGUGUUCAAGAAGGAAGUGUAUCUUCAUACAUCACCACACCUGAAAGCAGUAUAUCCUUUUUCAGAGCCUGGUCCAGCUGCAGCGAUGGCAGCUGAGUCUUUGCCUUUCUCCUUCGGGACACUGUCCAGCUGGGACCUGGAAGCCUGGUAUGAGGACCUGCAGGAGGUGCUGUCCUCAGAUGAAAACGGGCGUGCCUAUGUCUCCCCGCCUGGAAAUGAGGAGGAAGAAUCAAAAACCUUCACCACUCUUGACCCUGCCUCUCUGGCUUGGCUGACUGAGGAGCCAGGACCAGCAGAGGUCACAAGCACCUUCCAGAGCCCUCGCUCUCCAAAUUCCAGUCAGAGCUCCCUGGCUCAGGAGGAAGAGGAGGAAGACCAAGGAAUACCCAGGAAACGGAAACGGAGUGGUCAGUCCCCGGCCCGGGCUGGAAAGCAACGCAUGAAGGAUAAGGAACAAGAGAAUGAAAGGAAAGUGGCACAGCUAGCUGAAGAGAAUGAACGGCUCAAGCAGGAAAUUGAGCGUCUGACCAGAGAAGUGGAGGUGACUCGCCGAGCUCUAAUUGACCGAAUGGUCAAUCUGCAUCAAGCAUGAACACUUGGGACCCUCACUUCCCCCCUGAGCCAGUACCAUCUUUUCCCAGAGGUGGCUACUAACCACCUUCUUAUGAGUGUCAAUGAUGUGACCCUUAACCCCAUACCUACAGUAGAGGGAAAGCUCUGGGUAGACAAGAAGAAAGGAUCUCAGCAUGUAUAUAGAGAUUGCAUAUUUAUUUAUUACUGUCCAUAUCCAUUAAAGUGACUCUAUAAG